AUGCAUAGCCCGAAAAGGCACAAAAGUCCAUCCAGCGUUGAAGACGACCUGCUCUUCAUGUCCGUCGACGUCUCUCCGCUGGAGUUUUGGGAGCAGCGCGUUGCCGAAGAGCUGCCCGAGGGCCUGACUGGCCACAAAUGCUACAACACUACGAUAGCGUACUGCUCACUGGCCACCAGGAGGGGCUCGACCUGGAAGGGGAAGCUCAAAGCCGAACACGGCAUCGACAACUACACGCUGCACUAUACCGCCAUUCUCCAGCUCUUUGGCUCGUCGAGGCAGAAGCGGCUAGGCUUUCACAUGCUCGAGACGGCGUCGGACCUUGGCUACGGACCUUCCACCAUGGUCAUCUACCGCAUGCUGCUGCAAACCAAAGACCUCAACAAUGGGCCGCAAGCCAAGCUGUUCAAGGUGAUCGAGCCGCGCUUCAGGCAGCUCCUGCAAGGCAGCGGCGGGCGCGACCUCAACGCCUUAACUCUGCAGGGUAUGAUGCUCCGCCGCAUCGGCGACGACGACAAGGCCCUUCAGUUCUUCGACCAGGCACUCGUCUAUGGGGAGGCGGAGGCCAGCCUCAACAGCAGCCCCGAGACCGCGGCGACAUCGGCAGGCCAAAAGAGGCUGCCCAGGUGGGAUCUGGAAGCCAGCUGCCACCUAGGACGCGGCCGCAUCCUGCUCAAGGAAAACAUCCUCAAGCCGGCCGAAGCCGCCUUUAGGGUCGCGGCUUUCGAGCUCGACAAUGAAAUGGCAUGUCUGGAGCUUGCAAAGAUGCUGCCGGUCAACUCGCCUGAGAGAAUGGAGUGCAUUCUCAAAGUCGGGCAAACAGGCGACCCACGUACCUGUUUUCUGCUCGCGCAGACCGAGGCCAACAGAAUUUUAGAGAUCGUGGGCGUGAAACGGUUCAUGCCAUUCAGUCGCUUCUUACAGUUGAGGCGUCAAGUCAAACACGCGGCCGAAUGGCUCCGUGUCGCCGGACAACCUGAAAUGGCUGCCGACCUUCUUAGGGGGCGCUCUAAAGAUCCUCCCGCAAAACAGGACUGA